GUUAGUGCAUAAAUGGAAUUCGAGGCAAGCGUAACUGCUGCUUAAAUUCCACUCAAAAAAGAAAAUUGAAUUUUCCCCCAAAAACACAAAAAGGAUGGCACUGAUAAGGCAAUUGAUAAGGCUGUUGCUACUGCUGUCGCUACAUUGCCGCUGGCUGACGACAGCGCUGCCAGCUGUGGAGGAGGCUGCCGUCGAACUGGACGUGCUGAGCUGCCCCAGCAGCUGUGUCUGUCAGUAUGCCGCCUUUAAUGAGCUGCCCAUUGCACGCUGGGUCAAUCACAUGACCAGCCUGGAUGAGAGCCUGGACGCAGCCGAAUAUCUGCUACCCUCGCACAUCAAAUUGGCCACUUGCCUGCUGCAACAGGCGACGGAGACACAGGCGCUGCUCAGUGCCUUGCCCAUAGAUCUGAAUGCUUUGAUUUUGCUGCAUACAGGACAGGCGGAUAAUCAGCUAACAGUGAAUACAAGCAGUUUGCGUCCACUCAAUCAGCUGAUCACGCUGGAAAUACGCGGCACUGGAGCAACCACGCUGAUCAUAGAUGAACCACUCGAGUAUCUGCAGCAUGCAAACUUUGAGCAAAUAAAUCUGCAGGCAAGCGAUCGCUUGGAGCGUCCAAAGUACUCGAAGCUGCCCAGCGAUGAUUACGAGUAUAAGCCGCCCAGCGAGGUGUUGGAAGAUAAUGAGGCUACGCCCAAGUCGCAGCUGCAGUUUGAGGCAGAGACACAGCCGGAGAUAAUGACAUACGAGCAGCAUGUGGAGCGACUGAAGCAGACGCGCAUGCCGAGCUUCUACGGCUGGAGUCGUUUGGAAGUGCUGCGCAUACACAACUGUCGGCUGCAGGAGCUGCAUUGGCAAAUCUUCGAUGGCUUGGGCGCACUGCAUCAUUUGAGUUUGGAGCGCAAUGGCAUUGAGGAGCUGCAGCCGUUUGCCUUUAGUGGCGCUUUGCAUUUAAAGUCGCUAUCGCUGGCACACAAUGCGCUGAGUCGUUUGCAUUACUUGGGCUUGGCGGGAUUGCUGCAGCUGGAGCAGCUCAAUCUGGCGCACAACUAUCUGGAGCGCUUGAGUGAGGUGAGCUUUCCACCGCUGCCGCGUCUACAAAAGGCGGAUCUGAGACAGAAUCCGGUGAGGAACAUUUGGCCUGCAACCUUUUGGGUUAUGAAUAACACCAAGGAGCUGCUGCUGGGCAGCGAGCUGGCAGCGCUGGAGCUGCGCAGCUUCAGUAACUACGGACAGUUUGAUUCGCUGCACAAGCUGCGCAGCUUAAGCUUGAGCAAUGUCAGCAGCGUUAAUCUGGAGCAGAACGUCUUCAAGGGUCUGCAUUCCUUGGAGUCGCUAACGCUGCGUGGUCGCAUUGCCAGCGUGCAGUUUGAUGCGUUUGCUGGGCUGGAGCAGCUGCGCGAGCUGGACUUGAGCAACUGCAGCAUAGUGGAGCUGUCCAUGGAUGCCUUUAUGGGUCUGAAGCGUCUGGAGCAGCUGCAGCUGGCGCACAACAAUCUAAGCAGUCUGCCCAAUGGACUGCUGGAUGAUCUGCUGCAGCUGGAGUCGCUGCAGCUGCAGGGCAAUCAGCUGCACACGCUGCCCAGCAGUUUCUUUUUGCAGCGACGCUUGCGUGUCGCACGCCUGGAUCAGAAUCCCUGGGAGUGCAGCUGCGACAUGCGUCACUGGCUGCCGCGUCUCACCAAUGUGCGACGCAUGGGCAGCGAGCAGCGCUGCAUGCGCGAUCUGCAAGGAGAGCAGAUCAACUGCCGCUCCGUGGCAAGCUAUCAGCAGGACAAGAGUCUUGUGCCACGCUGUGCCAACUACAAUGGACGCAGUGUGUAUUAUGUGCUGCGCAAGCAACUCCAUUGCGAUUCAAUGCUGAUACUGCAUACGCACAGCGAGCAGCAGCAGCACGCGUGGCCUGCCGCAUUGGCGCAAGCAGCAGUUGCAAGCAGCUGGGGGCAAGCAUAACAAGCAGCAGCUGCGCAAAGUUCAACGCAACAGCUUGGAGUUCGCGCUGAAGCAGCAACAAAAGACAGAGACGUUCAACACGCAGCAAAUGUCCAAUGAGAUUUAAUAAAAGAAUAUGUAGCUUUAGCUUUAAGUAUCCAGUUAAACAACAAAAGAAAGUAAUUAGUUAUAUGUAUUACAACAA